AUGAAUAGAGAAAAAAAUUUAGAUUCCAUUCCAAUUGAUCUCUUUCUUGAGAUCUUCUCGAGAUUGCCUACAUAUUCAGUCGGGAGAUCCCGUUGCGUUUCGAAGCAAUGGGCGUCAAUACUUGGCCGUCAAAAUUUCACCGAAUUGUUCUUGACCAAGUCCUCGACUCGUCCACGUCUCUUAUUCGCCCUCCAACCAUACCACGGUGGUGAGUGGCUCCUCUACUCGUUGCUUCAGCCGCAGAAUCCAUAUGAGAAGUCUAUUGAAGGUGAUGAUGCAGCACCUGUGAUAUGUAACCCUAGCACGGGACACUAUUCGAUCUUACCUAAACUGAGAAUGGACAAAAAGACAAGAAGCUUUUUAGGGUUUGAUCCGAUUGAGAAGCAGUUCAAGGUGUUGUUCAUGAUGGGUAUUGUUGGUAGUGAGAGGGUUAAUCUUAUUAUGACAUUAGGAACUGGAAAGUUAAGGUAUGAGAAAUCUAAGUUCCUAGACUCAGUCUGCUUGUUUGAUCAAUUGAUAAACUAUAAGGGGAAAUUAGGUGGAUUUUAUUUGAACUAUGCUUCUAGUGAUGGAUUUCCCCUUAAGUUGACUAUGUGGAUUCUAGAGGAUGUCGAGAAACAAGAAUGGUCCAAAUAUGUCUACACUGUGUGGGAUGAGAGUAAAACUGUUAAG